AUGGUUUCUCCUCAAAUAACCAACUUGGUCAUCAUCCUUGGGAUGAUGCAGGUCUCCAAAAGGGUUCCCUUUGACAACCCCGAUGUCCUCCUCGGCGUGCGCGUUUUGUAUGCCGUGUCCAACUUGAUCAUCCUGAGCAUAUAUCUCUACUUGCAAAACGUGAUCAACCGAAAGAAGGACAUGACUACGCUCAAAUACGUCGAACCGGCGCCAAUGGGCUCCGGUGAUGAGCCUCGUCCCGUCACCACCACGGUCAUGGAGUACGACAAGGCACAGCUGCGCCAGCUCAUGAAGUCGCAGCUGAUGGGCGUCGGCAUGAUGGGCGUGAUGCACCUGUACUUCAAGUACACCAACCCUCUCCUAAUCCAGUCUAUUCUCCCCGUUAAGAGCGCCUUCGAAUCGAACUUGGUCAAAAUCCACCUUUUCGGAAAGCCGGCCACGGGCGAUCUGCAGCGCCCCUUCAAGGCCGCUGCUGGGUUCAUGAACAUGGGCCAGGGUGAGAUCAAGAGCGACAAGGCAUCGAUUGAGAAUGCUGAGAAGAACUACCGUGGCGGCGUCAAGGAGGAAUAA